AUGAGCGACGACAUGUUCAACUCACCAUUAUCGACACCUUUUCUCGACCCUGCCUUGGACGCUAGUAACAGCAUGGAGAGCGAUAUGUCUUUCUUCGGGCCGUACGACACAACAGAUACAUCAACCGAUAUGCUCAACUUGUUCACGAGUCCACAGCAUGAACACGUCGUGACUCAUGUUCCUGCACUGACUCUGCCCGAACGCUGUAUAGACUCGUUUUACAACCAUUUCCAUGCAGCGCAUCCUUUUGUGUUGCCGAAGGAGUCACUUCUGAUGAUCUCCCACGAGAGUUCUGUGAUGCCCGUACUCGCAGUAAUGCGCUGGAUCGGCUCAUUACACAUCCCAGCAUGUUCAGAGCGUGGAAGGUUCUUCCAGGAAGCUCAUCAACUUAUUUACGAACCGCGUCGUCGAAAAGAUGGGUUCCUUGUACAGGCUUUGUUACUCCUUCUGAUCGGGUUGGAUGGGCAAGGCCAACAGGAACAAGCUCGACAAAUAUUAACUGGACUUGAGAGAAUCUCUGUGGAUAUUGGCCUCAAUACGAGAUCAUAUGCGACUACUUACGGAAGAGGUAUUCCAAUGAUGGAAGAGAGUUGGAGGCGGACGUGGUGGGAGCUUUUCAUUGUGGACGGGCUAAUCGCUGGAGUCCAUCGAAGCACGAACUUUUUUCUGUUCGAUGUAGCUUCUGAUGUUGCCUUGCCUUGCGAGGAAUAUGAAUAUCUGUCUGGUGACAUUCCCGAGCCAAUGUAUCUCAGGGAUAUGAAUGAUAGUGACUUCUCCGGCACAAACCACGAAUUUUCGUCUUUCGCGUAUCGAAUCCAAGCGGCUCAAAACCUCGGGCGACUCUUGAGAAUUCCUCCCGUUUCUGGACCCGACGACGAAAGCCUCAGAAACAUUCAGACGAUGCUGACGAGUUGGCGAGUCAGCUUACCCAAGUCAAAGGCAGAAGCUUUACGGCAAUAUGGCCAUUUUGAUGAGAUGCUCUUUCAAGCUCACAUGAUAACACACGCUACAUCGAUUCUGCUUCACCAACCAUACUCACAGCUGAACUCGAUACUGAGCCAGUCAAACAACCAAACCGACCAAUACGAUUCUGUUUCGUCAGUAGAUGGCUUCAACAAUCAUACGGAGAACAUAAUACAAGCCGCGACAGAGAUUAGCAAACUUGUCACCCAUCGUGUCUCGCUACUUUCUCACAGCCACUUCUUCAGUUACGUGGUGACAAUGUCAUCUAUAAUCCAUCUCAACAGAUGGGCUAUAUUUACUCCCGAUAGCGAGAACAAUUUACGCCAGGUACUCCGUCUCAACAUUGGUGCCCUCUCACGAAUGUCUUUAGUAUGGAGUGCUUCAGAGCGAGAGAGUAGUUCUGUGAAGAGCAUGGCUCGAAGCAUUUACCAGGUCAAGAAGCAACAUAGGAUAUUGCCCCAAUUCUGGAUCAGUAUGACCCAUGAUGAGGCGAUGGAGAAGAUUGCGGCAGACGACGCGAUGAUUCACGAGUUUGAGGAUAUGCAGGUUGUGCCUGGUAUGAUGGGUCAUUGGGCUGAUCCUGGGAACAAGCAAUGGAAUUAA